AUGCGUGCGUGCGGCGCAGAGGCUGCAGGGGUGGCGGCGCAGACGACGCGGAGAAGACGCGCGGCUGAUGGGGGGGAGGAGGACGAGCACGAGGAGGAGCACGAGGCAGCAGCGGAAGGAGAAGUCGAGAAGGACAAGAAGGAAGAGGUGAGAGCAUUCAAGUACGCGCCAAAACAACCCAAUCUCAUGUGCCUUAUCCCUCCUUCCACCAAUCUUCACCCUCUUCCCUCCCAGCUCGCCUCAGCUAUUUUCUCCUCGUUAUCCCCCCCGUACGCCCUCUCACUCCUCUUGGCAGCAUCACCACCGGCCGCGCCCUGUCUGCUAACCCUAGCAGAAUCACCCACGGCCUUCACAUUCCAAGCGCACCCGCACUCCGACGACCCGCAAGCCACGGCCUUCUGGCUCUCCUCUCUCCGCCCCGUGCCGCGCCUCACCGCAUCGGUUCUCCUCUCAGACAUCGAGUCGCGCGUCGCCACCAUCCGCCGCAGACGGCCCCCCGUCACCGAGGCAUCCCUUCACACCGUCGUCUUCUUCCUCGCUCUCGGCCUCACCCCCUCGCGCAUACUUGACCUCUUCUCCCGUGUGCCCUCGCUUCUCAAGAGCCGCUGGGACCGGGAUCUGCUGCCCAAGUUCCACUUGCUGUUGGCAGCCGGGGUAGACCUGCCGUCCAUCUUCUCUGCUCUGAAUUCCAUUCCCAACUGGCUGCGUUGUGAGCCGCGGGGGCUGGCGGGCGUAGUGGGGUUUCUGCAGGCCAUGGGCGUGCGGCGGGAGAAGAUGAGCAGCAUUGUGAGGCGCGCACCUGCUGUGCUGCAGUACGACGCGAAUAACAACCUCUGGGCAUGGGCUGAGGCGCUGUCUGGGCUGAUCAUGCAAGAGGAGACGGGCGAUGGGUAUGAGGAGGGGGGGGAGGAGAGCGAGGAGGAGUGGGGUGAGGGAGAGGGUGCGGUGGAUGGGGAGGAAGUGGGGGUGGUGCAAGAUUUAUCAGGAGGAACAGCAGAGCUGCAAACGGCUGCUGAUAAAGAAACGGAGCUAGUAUUUCCUGCCAGUGCUAAAGAGACUGCAGCACGGGUUCCCGAUGCACUCAUAGAGCUAGCACCUACUUCUGCACCCGUCCAAGACGCAGUAGAACCAGAGAGCGAGCCAGUCACAGGUAUCAAAGGCGAGGGCCCGGCGUCAAUAUCCCCCCAGCUGCAGGCAGCCAUGGAGCGGCGUGUGUUCGGGCAGUUCAUAGAGAAGUACCCGCGCAUCAUGUCCAACUCCGCGCCCUUCAUCACCCACCGCGUGCGCCUGCUCUGCUCGCCCGCCUUCGGCCUGCGCCUGCCCAAGCUGCUGCGCAGCGCCAACCUGCUGGGUAUCAAAGAGGAGAAGCUGAGAGCCGCUCUGGCGUUCCUGGAGCGGGAGGUGGCGUGGAGCAGCGCGGAUCUGCGCAUGAUUGUGAAUGCACAGCCGACUAUCCUAGGGCUGGACCCGGAGAAUCUUAAGGAGAAGGUGCUGUGUGUCACCAGACUGCUGGAUGGGCCUGGUUAUGCUGCUGGUGCUGUGGGCGGUGGUGGUGGCGGUGCUGAAGACACCUUCUCCCACUUCCAAGCCCGCUUUCCCCCUCAUGCCGUGCGCUCCCUCCUCUCCACCUACCCCUACCUGCUCUCGCGCAAGUGGGAGCGCAAUCUGGGCCCGAAACUGGACUAUCUGGUGGAGGAAACAGGGCUGGAUGCAAGUGAGGUGCUGCACUAUCCGCUCUAUUUCACGCACAGCCUCGAGCGGCGGAUCAAACCCCGCAUCGCAGCGUUUCAAGCAGCGGGGUAUAGGCUGGUGUCUGCUGCAGGGGUGGCGCAGGGGGGAGGGGAGGAGGGGGAAGGGGACGGCGAGGGAGGGGAGGAGAAGGGCUGGGUGAGGAGCAGAGGGAGGCCUUCGAGAGCCAACAGCAGAGAGUGGAUGCGGCAUGGUGUGUUGUUGACGACCCUACUCCACUGCACAGAUGCUGAAUUUGUGAAGAAGUUUGGGGUUCGCCUAGCGGUGCGGAGGGAUUAG